AUGAAGUUUUUCAAUUUCUUUUAUUCUCGAUCAUAUGGUCUUCGUACCAUCCAUCGCUCCUUGAUACUACCUGCGCAUGCUCGAAAAUCUUCCACACAGUCAAUUCUCCACAAGGAACUCAUAUCACGCCAGCCCAACAUUAUAUAUGAUUAUUUGUCGCCGACUCCUUCUCAUCUCUUAAAUAUAUCUCUAGCGGAUUUCCUUCCACCUACAUGUUACCCUGAUAACUUCAAAGUCCAAGACCUCACUCUUCCGUACACUACUACACUCGGACAUGAGUGUAGUGAUGCAGCACUUCUCCCCCAGUCGCAUCAUCUAGUCUAUUUCUCUCCGCAAAUUCCUCACAGUGCUCUACUUCCAGAUGGCACAGAUCCUCUGCAGUCCCCAGGGCCGCCAUUUGCGCGCCGGAUGUGGGCUGGUGGGUCUCUGGUUUUCAAUACUACGAGUGGAGAGCAACUUCGUCUUGGUAACAUGCGAGCAGCUUGUAUAGAACGAAUCGUGGAUGUUUCGGUCAAAGGGCGCGAAGGGGACGAGAAGGUGUAUGUAAACAUUGAGAGACGGGUUGGCCUCGCUGAUACCGAAGACGAACUGCGGGUGAAUCCAGAUGCAAAGAGCAGCGCAAUCGCUUCAGGAAAGAUCUCUGUAAGUGAUCGAAAUUACAUGGCCGAUCAACAAUUACUACAACGUCACCAUGUCGAUAACAACGACGACAUCGGACAAGCAUCCUUAGUGGAGACGCGGAGUAUCGUCUUCAUGCGGGAGAAAGACACAACUACUGCCAAAGAGGAUUGCGCUAGGCUUCCAAAGAUCUUGAGGCCCACGCGUAAACCAGACUCUGAUGUGCGAAUGACACCUACACAAUCCCUUUUAUUUAGAUUUUCGGCCCUUACAUUUAAUGCUCACGCAAUACAUCUGGAUCCUCAAUACUGCCGGGAGUCUGAAGGAUAUAGGAAUCUCCUCCUUCAUGGACCCCUCUCAUUGGUGCUCAUGUUCUCCGUCUUGCGAUCGCAACUUCAGCCUGGUGAGAUGAUAAAAAAGUUCAAUUACAGAAACUUGGCUCCACUUUACGCAAAUGAAGAACUAAGAGUCUGUGUGGGGAAGAAUGCCGACAAAAGCAACAAAUACGAAGUGUGGAUUGAAGGAAAGGAAGGCGGAUAUGCUGUCAAGGGGUCUGCGGUUGUUGGACCCCUUGACAGUGGUGAUGGGUAA